CAAGAAGAAGGAAAUCAUGAGGGAAAUCCCACACUGUGGAGACAGGGAGUGUCUUAUAAACACUAUAGAAAUGAUAAAAUUGGUCUUUUAACCCACAGGAUAAAUAGAUAUACAACCAGUCUCUGUAGUCAGUGGACAUAGGAACAAAUAAUGAACUGUUUCUAUUUAAUCCGAGCUCUGCUUCUGCUGAACUUGGGUAUCUGUGGAUUUGCUGAGGCAGAUGAAGAACUAUCUGAGACCUGUGGGAAACCUGUGGUGGUCAACAGCCGCAUUGUGGGAGGACAGGAUACAAAGAAGGGGCAGAACCCCUGGCAAGUGAUCUUGUGGCUUCCUGGUACAGCCCAUUGUGGUGGAACCCUCAUCAGCAGCAACUUUGUUGUGACUGCAGCCCAAUGUGUGGUGGGGGUAAACGCCUCCUCUGUAAUUGUCAUCCUUGGGGCCUACAAAAUAACUGGAAACCACAAAGAGGAAGUUCCUGUUCUAGUGAAACGGAUCAUAAUACAUCCUAAGUACAAUGAAUCUGAUUAUCCUAAUGACGUUGCUCUUCUAGAACUUUCUCGGAAGGUGUCCUUCACAAACUUCAUCCUUCCAGCCUGUCUGCCUACACCUUCCACUGAAUUUCUGCCCGGGCACAGUUGUAUAGUAACUGGCUGGGGAGCCCUUGACGUUAAGAGUACCAAGCCGAGGCCUGUUAUUCUACAAGAGGCAGAAAUGCGUUUGAUAACUGUAGAGCAUUGCAAGAUCUUUUAUAGUCUAUUGGCAAACAAUAUUAUUAUUACAGAAUCUAUGGUAUGUGCAAGCGACAUCCAUGGAGGAAAAGAUAUCUGCUAUAAUGAUAUUGGGGGACCCCUAGUUUGUCAUGAUGGGGAGCAGUGGUACUUGGUUGGAGUGGUGAGCAUAGGAUUUGGUUGUGGAAUUGGCUUUCCUGGAGUUUAUACUUCUGUCCCUGCCUAUAUGAAAUGGAUCCGAUCAUUUAUCCCUGCUGUCUCCAGUGGAUCAGAAGGACUAGGAUCGUUCCCUGUGGUGGCACUUGAGUUCCAUGGCCUGAUGUCCUUCAGCCUCUCUCUCUGUUCUCUCUUCUGGGUGACCCUGCAAAACCCCAUGUUUACUUUGAUUCUGAGUGUUGCUACUUGGGUGAGGUCCUGAGUCCCGGGGAACAUUAUACUUUCCAGACUGAACGAGAUUGUUGAGGGAAUUUUCUACAACAACCCCUAGAGCGAUUCUUGGGAAUUUUUUAUUUUUAUGUAAUGUAACUACAACAUUAUUUAAAUAAUAAUAAUAUA